AUGGCCGGAGAAGGAGAAGUCAUCGCUUGCCACAACGUCGCCGAGUGGGACGAGAAGUUCAACGCCGCCAAAGCAUCGAAGAAACUGAUUGUGAUAGACUUCACAGCAACAUGGUGCCCACCUUGCCGUUUCAUUGCACCAAUCUUUGCAGAGUACGCCAAGACUUUCCUUGACGUGGUCUUCUUCAAGGUCGACGUUGACCAAUUGACUACUGUUGCUAAGCAUUUCGAAGUUGAGGCAAUGCCAACGUUUAUCUUCAUGAAAGAAGGCCAGGUCCUCGAUAAGGUUGUUGGAGCUUCAAAAGAUGAAAUCCACGCCAAGCUUGUGAAGCACUCGGUUCCUGCCGUCCCCGUCGCUUCAGCUUGA